UCUCUCUCUCUCUCUCUCUCUCUCUCUCUGUGCAUAAUAUAAAUUUAUCGGCCAUUCAUUCAAUUGCAUUCAUAGCUUUGAAUUCGGAAAUUUUUAAAAAAUUUGAUUUCCACAAAAAAAAACCACAAUAUCGUUCAUCAGGUGAAUCAGUUAAGAAAGAAAAAAACAAGAAAAUCCUAAUCAACUAAAGCAAUGGAUAACAAAUCAUUCAAUAUGGACGAUGAACAAGAACCGCAACGGUUACAUUUAUCGUUAAAUAACCGGUUCAUUAAAUCAACAAGUGGACAGAGUUUGACUUCUGAUUAUAAUCGUGAUGAAGAAUUCAUUUCAUCAAUAUCAAUCAAUUCUGAAUGUCAACCAAUUAACAUAAAGCGACAUAUUUUUUAUACUGAAGAUUUUUAUAGCAAAAGUGUUGAACAUAAUCAACAACAACAUAAUGAAAAUUAUUCAUCAAUGAUUGAUAAAAAUAAUGAAUCAAAAAAAUCCUGUUGUUCCUUUUUCACAGAUUCAAUACGUAAUGUGUCCAGUUAUUUGUUGCCAUCUCGUUCACAAACAUCACCUAGCCAUAUUAAAUCGAAAUCGGUCAUUAUCACUUGGUUACAGACAAUGAUACCUAUAUUACAUUGGCUACCUAAUUAUGAUUUCCGUAAUCAUUUACUUAAUGAUAUUAUUGCUGGCUGUACGAUACUUGCAUUACACAUUCCACAAGGUCUUGCCUAUGGACGAUUAGCCGGUGUUGAACCAAUCAAUGGUCUAUACGUUUCAUUAUUUCCUGUAAUCAUAUAUGCUAUCCUUGGUACCGGUCGACAAGUAUCGAUUGGUACAUUCGCCGUCAUCAGUAUUGCAUGUCGUGAUGCCAUCGAAAGUUUUGAUCUACAACAAUCCAUUGUUCUCAAUAUACGGGAUGUGCAGAACUCAUUACCAUCAUCAUCAUCAUUAUCAUCAUCGACAACCGGAUCUACCAUUAAUCAUCUACUGGCGACAACAACGGUAGAGCCAUCGCCCAUACCAAUUGAUUUACCUACGCCGAUUGAAGUACUGACCACACUUGCAUUGUUUGUCGGCAUUAUACAGUUUGUUCUGGGAUUUCUACGACUGGGCAUUCUGUCUAUAAUAUUAUCUGAGACACUAAUUUCAGCAUUUGUCACAGCAUGUUCAUAUCAUGUAUUCACCAGUCAGAUAUUUGCUUUGAUCGAUAUUGAAUCCAAGAUCAAUGGCGAAGAUUUUGAAUUACCAUUACCAUUCGAUAUUCUUAAGUCAUGGUCACGAUUCAUUAUACGUAUACCGAAAGCCAAUCCGACCACAGUGAUCAUGUCACUCACCUCUAUUGCCAUAUUGGUUACAUGUAAAUUUAGCCUUCAACCAUUUUUGGUUCGUCGUUUCAAAAUAAAAAAUCUGGUCAUUCCAAUCGAUAUAUUGAUCAUUGUGUUUGCUACAUUAAUAUCUUCAUCGAUUGAUCUGAAAGGCAAUUAUCAUGUGAAAAUAAUUCCGGCUAUACCGAAAGCUUUUCAAGGUUUGCCAAAAAUUCCGGAUGUUUCAUAUAUUAAAAAAUUAUGGGCCAGUGCCAUAUUGAUUUCAUUGGUAUCAUUCAUAUCGACAUUUUCAUUGGGUAAAACAUUUGCCAAAGAACAUGGCUACGAAGUAUCUGCCAACCAGGAAUUAAUAGCAUUGGGUACAGCCAAUAUAUUUUCAUCAUUUUUUCUUUGCUAUCCAUGUUCAGGAUCAUUAGCACGAUCAGCUGUAAUGAAUCGUGUCGGUACACGUACACAAUUGGCCACUAUCAUAUCGUCCACAUUGUUGGUAUUAUUUUUAUUAUUCUUUUCCAGCUAUCUUCGUACAUUACCAAUGGCGAUAUUGUCUUGCAUAAUUGUAGUUGCCUUAUGGGGCAAUAUGAAAAAAAUUGUACUGGCACGUCAUUCAUGGCAUAUAUCGAAAUUGGAUGGCAUACUAUGGAAUGUUACAUUUUUGCUCGUACUUUUAUUUGGUAUUGGACAUGGAUUACUUUAUUCGGUUAUAUUCUCAUUGGCCAUCCUCAUCAUUAGGCUUAUAAUACCGAUUAUCAAGUUAAAACGUCAAAUAAAAGGAACCGAAGUAUUUGUGGAAAUCAGCCAUAUAUAUGAUGUUUACGAUCCAAUUACCGGUCAAAAUAAAAAUGGUUCCAAUAAUCACGGUCAUCAUGAUAAAUGGGUUGUUUUCGAAUUUCAAGGUCCACUUCUUUUUAUAAAUUCAGUUAUGUUUCGACAAAAAUUCCAUUUAUUGAUUGGUCGUUAUCUAUUCAAUAAGCGAAUUAUCGAUAAUCGUCACGUAUCAAUCAAUCAAAACGAAUCAAAUCAGAAAAAAUCUGGUCUACAAAUAGCAUUGGAUUUGGAUGGUUCGCUUGUUCGACCACCGACAAUCGAUACGAUCAUAUUCGAUUGUACUCGAUUAACAUAUAUCGAUACAAAAGGUGUUGAAACAUUGAAUGGAAUAAUCGAAAUCAUACAGGAUCAUGGUGCUCGUAUGGUAUUGGCUUCAUGUUCACAUUUUGUCUAUGAAAAUCUUGAAAAGAACAAUUUUUUCAAAAAUUUCAAUGCAAGACAUUGUUAUAUGUCAGUCAUGGAUGCCAUUGCUGAUUUGGAACAAAAUGAUCAUACACAUCCUAAUGGCAUAAUGCCGGUCAAUAAAAGAGGUUGUGCACAAAAUUCUAGCAAAUCAUCAAUCUCCAACACCAAUGUAUCUAACAAUAAGGAUGCUAAUCAUAAUUCGACUACUAAAUCGGCAAUAUCUCUUCCACCUCCAAUCGAUAUGAUCAUAAUGGAUCGUCUUCCAACAUUAGCCUGGGAUGAUGAAUUUCUACAGAAACAUUUUAAACAACGGGAAUCGAUCAAACGAACAUGGGAUCGUUCGAAAAAGUUAUCUAAAUUGAUGGCUUUUUAUUCGCAUAAUAUGAAUAAGGUUCCAACAAAAAAUGAGGUUUUCGAUUAUCAUCAACAAUCAGCAUCGACGCUACCAUUCACCAACAAUCACAAUUCAUCAUCUUCGAUUCGUCAUGGGGGUAAAUCAACCAAUUCUAACGAUGAUCGAGCAUAUGAUGAGAUGCCGUUCGAAAAACCGGCUAGUUUCAAUAAGAAUAAAAUGAAAGAGGGAAAAGAUCUGACUCCUUAUCACAUUUAUGUUUUUCCCACUGCUUACGAUGAUCUCUUCAAUGCUGGUAUUCAAUUCGUGCUCACACCGAUCAUAUUGACACGUGAGAAAUAUAUGAUGGGUAUGAAACGGCUCAACUCUAGAAGCAAUGGUGAAGUGAAUGCUUUAUUGGAUGCAUUAAUCGAUUAUGAAAUGAUAUGCCGUCUUUAUGAACAAACGGCCAAUAAUUAUUCAUGUUCACGAAUUACACGGUCAAUUCUUUUGAUGGCUUUGGAGAAAUUUUAUUACGCCAUCAAUUUGGGACAAUUUCCACUUCAGAAUAUUGGUACGAUCUCAUUGAUUAGUACAUUGAACAAUAUUCAUCUUUUCGACAAACGUUUAUUUAUCGAGAAACCAUCGGUCAAAGUGGCAUUCAAUCAUUUUCUUCUUCAUGCUAUGGAUAAAUUGGGCUAUGAAAAUGGUCGUAUUCAAUAUUUGCUCAAAAUGUUUCGUCGUUUUGUCUAUUUUUUUGAUCGUUUUAAAUUGCCUCUGCCAGAAUUUCGUACUGAUGGCGAUGCCAUUAUUCAAUCAAUCGAUGAUCGAAUAUAUACCAUACAUUUUGCUCAUUGGUUUGCUGCCUGUGUACUACCCACCUAUACCAAAUGCAUAAAAUCGUAUAAACCGUCCGACAUAUUUAGUCAUAAAUUCCUUCGAGAUAUGUCUCCUGUUCUAUUCAAACAUUUUCGUCUUGCCAUUGGUCGGGUGGAUCCACAACUGGAAAUUGAUGAAUUCAUCCAUAUAUUUCACGAAAUUUUUCUCGAUCCAAACAUGCCAUAUUGGGCCAUAACUUAUUAUCAAAAUCGAUCACCACUAAAUCAUCUAUUGCUAGCCAUACAGGGCAAACUAAUCAAUGCUUAUUGUGAACGUAGAACGACCGAUAAUGGUCAAACACUAGUUACGGGUAAUAUUUAUUCACCAAAUGAUCUCGGUCGUAUGAUGCGUUUUCAUGAAGCGUUAUUGAAUCUUCGUCCACUAUAUGAUGAAUGUAUAUGUACUAAUCUAGACAAUAAGGAUGCUAAUGAAUCGAAUUAUAUCUGUCAUUAUUGUGAUGAUAAACGAUAUGUUUCUUGUCACAUACACAAUCGUAUCAAUGAAAGUGGUGAUGAUAUGACCGAUGAUAUUGUUCUUACCAGGCAUCCAAUACCCGAUGAUUGGCUACAACGUAUUCUAUUCAAAUUGGAUACAAACGAAUUGGUCAUCUUUCUUUUUCUUACUGAUAAAUUUGAUCCAAGCAAAUUCGGUCUACAGCCAAAUCGUAUGGAUUAUUAUUUCUCUCUUAAAGAAAAUUAUACUGUACCAGAAUGUUUUCGUAUGGCAAUCAAUGAUCCACUGUUACGAGGAAAACGUAGCCAGCUUAUUCGAUUCAUUGAACAAGCAAGACCACAUAGUCAAUUCCAUCGAGAAGUUUAUCAAGUGUUUAAUCGUAUGAUCAGAAAAGAAUUACCAGAAUUUGUUGAUCGUGCUCAACUCAUCAAACGAUUGGGCAAUGGUUAUGGAUCAAUGUUGCCCACUGAAGUUGAUUUUAAUCGAAUCAUGUACACAUCAUUUAUGACUACUAUCAACAUGAACAUGUUAAAUUCAUCCGUAAUGAACCUAGUCGGCCGAACGCCUUGUUUUGAUCCGGUUAUUGGCCUUGUGCCACACGAAGGAACCGUCCAAUUUAUCUUAUUAAAUAAUCUAUUCAUGCGAAUUUGGGAAGAACGGUAUAAAAUGUGGAUGAUAGAAUUGCAAAAUGUUUAUAGUCAUCAGUUGCCACGAAUGGGCCGAGAUUACAUAACCCGCUUGGUGUUCGAUCCUCGACAUAUUACAUUGAUGCUUAUCAAAGAUGGAUGCAAAGUAAUUGGCGGCAUUACUUUCCGACCAUUUCAGACGCAAAAUUUUUCCGAAAUUGUAUUUUGUGCUGUCAGCUCGAAUGAACAGGUCAAAGGAUAUGGUACUCGUAUGAUGAACUAUCUGAAAGAUUACCAUCUUUAUCAGGAAAUCUAUUAUUUUCUUACUUAUGCCGACGAGAAUGCUAUUGGUUAUUUUAUGAAACAAGGCUUUACCGAAGAUAUACAAAUGCCUAGAGAACAAUACUAUGGUUUCAUCAAAGAAUACGAUGGAGCCACCCUUAUGGAAUGUAAACUUAAUGCACGAAUAUCGUACAACGCCAUCAAUCAGGUGAUGCGAAUGCAAGCUAACAUUGUACAGCGUCUAAUUGAAUGUCGACAGCAAAAAAAUCACCAUUCAUUUCGUUAUGAAUUUCGAUCCUAUCAAAGCCGUAUCAUACCGUUUGAUUUCAUACAAACGAUGAAUGUGAACAAUGUUAAAAUCGAUGUUGGUAACACUGAUUUUACUGAUCAUAGUGAGCGAUUAUUUCCCACUCUCAAAAUUAUUCUACAACAGAUUAAAUCACAUCAAUCAGCAUGGCCAUUCGUGAAACCAGUGGAUGAACAGAAUGCACCCAAUUAUUAUAAAACAAUUCAUUUUCCAAUGAAUCUACAAAUGAUGAUGGAACGAUUGAAGAAUCGUUAUUAUUGUAAUGUACAUCUCUUCAAUUGUGAUAUGACACGUAUAUUUAUUAAUUGUCGUAGCUAUUAUGAAAUCGAUACUAUCGUAUAUCGUUGUGCCAAUAUACUUGAACGAUAUUAUCUUAGUAAGAUGAAAAAACAUAAUCUACAUGUUGAGACAAAUGUCUAAAGUAAAAACAAAAAAUGAAGAAAAGAUUUUUUCCAUUCAUAUUUCUACUCUAAAAACUUUGA